AUGGCGGAGACGUUCCAGGAGUGGUUAGAUAGCCAGAGCAGGUUGUUGUUGCAGGAGGAGGCUGGCACUGAGUUGGACUUGUAUGAAUUGUUACGGUUGGAAUAUCCGUUUCUGAAUCCGGAGGCUUUAGGGCUACCGGCGGUGGAGAGUUGGCCUGCGUUAGAGGCGGAGAAGGUUGCGAACAUCCCUAUCAAGUAUGACGGUCAGGUGGCUGUAACGGUAAUAAUUCUGGAAGCGAUCCCUGCAAAUCUGAUCAAUAACGCUCCUCCUGAUUGUUUAUUCUUCGCCGUCGCCGAUAACAGCGCCAGCACCCUACUCACCAUCGCCACCGCCAAAACACCCGUCGAUACAAAGCUAUUGAAACGUGGUACCGUCAUCCACGCCACAAACCUCCGCUCUACUGCUCUUCAAGGAGUAGGAACACUCGUACUUACCAAACGAUCUACCGUCAAAAUACUUGGACAUGACAUCAUGCCCUUCGCCAUGAACUUCGCACCUAGAGACGGUCAAAAAGGUGCCUACUAA